CGCAGGAAGGGGCGUGAAAUUCGAUGCGGUGAUUGCAGGGCUGGUCGCGCCACGCUGGCCCUGACCUUCCCCGCCGCGUUUGGCAGUGCGAGGCACCGGUGCGGGACAAGGGGUGCCGCGCGACCGUCGCGGGGACGCGGGCACCGCGGGCAGGAGCGGGCGCCACUCGCCGGGGCCGAGCGGCUGGGUGGCCCGCAGCGGGAAUUGCCUCCUCAGCAGAUGUAUGUAGGUGUGCGCCGGAGCGCAUUGUUCCUGUGGCUGUUGGCCGCUGCGGCCUGGUCCCCCGCGGUUCAGGGUGGCACAGCUGCUCCAAGAGGUCGUUACCCUUAUGCAGUGUCGCUACAAGCAGGCAGUUUGCCAAGGAGCCACGUUUGUGGUGGCGUGUUGAUAGACAAACAGUGGGUUCUGACAGCAGCCUUUUGCGUACAAAUAUUGCUGGACUUUGGGAAUCCUGCUGUCAAUGUGGGAGCUUAUGAGCUUCAGCCCACGGAGGUUGAUGUCGCUUUGCAGGUCCGCAAUUUCACUGAGGUGUUCUUCCAUCCACGAUGGAAUAAUCGGGUUGACAGCGGCUACAACUUGGCCCUUCUGUUGCUUGAUGAGCCAGCCACCAAUGUGACAAUACCUCUUCUUGCAAAUGGAACACUGAAAUUUGAUGAUGGGCAAAAACUCUCUACCAUUGGGUGGGGGCCCUUUGGAGCCCACUUUGUAAAGGAGCGGCCACCGCAGCUGCAGGAGACAGAGCUGGCUUUCCUAAAAAAUGAUGCCUGUCAGAGGGGUUACAAUAUCCUGUCCUUACAGGGGGUUGGGGGUGCCUGUGGACGAGUUUCGAUUUUGAGGCAGAUGGUGUGUGCCUGGGGUGGGAAUGGUGUUGAUGCUUGCACAGGUUUGUGUGAGACAGGAGCCCCCCUACUGUUUGUUGACCCCUCAGCAAGCAACAUCAGUGAAGCGGAUCCCUCUAGUGACACUGUUGUGGGCAUUGCAUCGUUUUAUCAGAGACUGUGCCAAGCAGACGCUCCAUUUGUUUACAUAGCAGUCGGCAUGUUCACGGACUGGAUCGCGGAAGUUCAACAACUCAAGGUUGUGAACGGCGAAGAGAAGUUCAACAAUACUGAAAAGGCGGUGGUAGGUGUGGGCACAGGUGUUGGUGGCAUCAUCGUGAUUGCAGCUUUGCUCUUUUGGAGAUUUCGAAGGCAGAGAAGUGGCCAUUCAAGGAAGUGUGCAUCUUUGGUACUUGACAUACCUGCUGGGGAUGGUUGUCUUUUGGAAGAGGGGGGACUAUUGGAGAAUGAUAUGAGCCCGUUCAGAGGUUACUGGUAUUCACAGCUGUAUGGGUUCUUUGUGUUGAGCAAGUGGAAAGAAGGAACUGUGAGGGUGUAUGAGAACCAGGUACUGGGGCGUGGGGCAUUCAGCAUUGCCAAAAGGGGGAAGUGGGAUGACCAGGAUGUUGCAGUGCGUUUUUCAGAAGUUUCGAGAUUUGAGAAGGAGGCCCAGGUGCUGGAGCAAGUGCGGAAGUUGGAGCACGACAAUAUCGUCAAGAUUUUCGGCGUGAAUUCCUCUGCCAGGACAAGCAAGACCUUCAUCGUGAUGGAGCUGAUGAACUGCAGUUUGCGGCAAGUGCUCCAAGAUCCCUUUUGUUGCAUGUCACUGACAUACGCACAAAUUGUGGCUGUCCUCUUUGAGGUGGCCAGCGGGCUUGCAGCCCUGCACAGCCUUCGCCCUCCUGUGACUCAUGGAGAUGUGAAGCCAGGCAACAUAUUGUUGUCAGCCACAAGGGCGGAUGGCGAGUUGAAAUUGGUUGCAAAACUGGCCGAUUUCGACUGCUCGAGGCAGAGAUCUGGUGAUGAUGUGUCCAGUCGGCUCGUGGGUACAUGUGGCUACAUCGCACCAGAGCUGUACUGGAGUGCCCAAGACUCCCAGGUCAGUGGGGAGAAGGUGGACGUCUAUGCACUGGGCGCUGUCAUGUCAGACUGUGUUGGAGGUUUUGCUGGCAACCUUCGGUCCAGAAUGUGGGGACAGUGUCCUCAGGAAUUAUCAGAGCUGGUGGAAGAGUGCAUGCAGGAAGAUGCCAACAGUCGCUGCUGUCUGGGGGAUGUUGUGAGCAGGCUGCAAAGCCUGUUGGAGGAGCCGCGGCCAUGGUCCAACCGCAGAGUCAAGAGGAAAUUGUCUGACCUGCUUGAGCAUGCUGCGCUGGGAAGGCCAUUUCUUGCAAGCGACAGCAAUGCUACCGCCUUCACCAGUUGUGGAAUGUUGUACAGUGACGUCAUAGGAAUAUUUGCUGCCAUUGUUCAGGAGCUGAAGGCUGCCGCUGUAUCAACAACAGCAUCGCUGGAAGCCAGGCAAAUUGUGCUAGAAAAGGAGGGUGAAGGCUACAGAGCCAGGAUAGUAACUGCGUGCUUGAGUUGCAGCGACGCUGCCAAUAAUGCCAAUGGUGAGCGUGUAGAAGUCCCAGGGAAUUCCAUUAGCUUACUGGGUGGGUUCAUGUGGACUAUGUUGGGCCACCAGACCAGCAGCAGUGUACAAGAAGAAACGAUUGGAACAGCUCCAAAAGAACUAACAGUUUUGGCUUCAAGGCUUCGAGGUUGGGAUUGGGUUUCGUUGGAAGGAAAAUUCCACGGCGAUUGUGACAUUGUUUUGAGUGAUUUGACCGGCUUGCAGUCCAUGGAAUGGGCGUUGAGAGGAGUGAGGUGA